AUGAGCCGCCGCACGAGUACUACGCGCGCCUAUAAAAGCCGCCGCGCCAGCCCGGCUGCGGGAGGCGAGCGGGCGCGGGCGCAACACAGCCGACAGGUAAGCGGGACCGACCGACCAAUGGGCGACAGAUGGACGAUGCACGGACAUGGACUGGAAGGUAAGGAGGAGACCGACAGGCGGCAGGUUAGAGGGGCCCAAAGGGGUGGGGUUGGGGACAGGGUGGAGGGGACGAGGGUCCCCUCGCAACUGCUAGAGCUGGAGCCAGAGGCGUACGCAGAACCCCGAGCAGCACCUGCCUGCGCCCGGAUGGAGACGCAACCACUUCGGAGGAGCAUCGAUUAG